AUCUCAUGCGAAAUCAGCAGGGUGUUUAUCUGUCCUAAUACAAGCGGCCGACGCGAUUUUCUACAUAGAUGGAUGAUGUCUGUGGCUCCUCAGGAGCGCGGCUUGCCUUUUGGAGUCGUCCUCGCGGUACCAGCCGUCGUACAGGCCAAGCAUUCUAUCCUCUUUCUGCAACCACCGUGUCGUCUCCGAACACCGAAGAACUGCUCGCUCCGCCCCCUUUCCAAGGCGUCGCACUCGCGGACAUCAUCCUGCGCUCUAGCGACGGUAGGGAGUAUCGCAUGUGCAAAGCGACGCUCGCGCAAGCCUCUCCUGUCUUCGCAGAUAUGUUCUCGCUCCCCCAGCCCCAAGAGCCAGGCACAGCCGGGAACGAGUGGAAGCUUGGGCUCCCCGUGCUUGUCCUAACCGAGUCCGCAAAGGAGCUCGACGUAAUUCUCCAAUUCUGCAUCCCUCGCACACCCCCCGCGCUGAGCGAUUUCACGACUGUCGUGCACGUCCUGGAGAGCGCGAGAAAGUAUCAGACGGACUGGGCGCUCGACAGCGCCCGCGCCGCGCUCGUGCGUCUGGCGGAGGACAAUUCGGUUAAGGCGUACGCCAUCGCAUAUCGGUACGGCCUUGAGAACGAGGCCUGUGAAGCGGCGCGGUUCUCUCUUCGCUUGUCACUAGAUGCUGUCAUUAACAACGAGACGGAAGAGCUCAGAGAUAUUAGCGCAAAGGCUUUCCAGGAUCUGUUAGUGUACCGGCGGUCCUGCGCGUCAGCAGUUACCAACCACAUCUCAUCCUGGGACUGGGUUGAGGCUUGCCGAGAGUGCAUGCCGAGUGCCGUCGAGAGCAGCAUUUGGGUUUGGGAGAGAAAUUGUUGUGGAAACCUAGUUAUGCAGACCGACCAUACUGGGCGAGGUAUUCUUGCUAAGGAGUGGUGGCGCAGGUACAUCAAGAACCUAGUGGAGAAGCUGAAGGCAUGCACUUGGGAAGGGACUGUGAGGUCAGAGGAAGCUCUAGAACACUAUAUUCGCUACUCUGGCGGCUGCGGUAUCUGCCGUCCCACAGUCGUCGGGCAAAUGGCGCAUUUUACUUGGAGGACGCAGUUAGAGGUCGUGAGACAAAUCACUGAGACCUCUCUCGUGUUCGACUCGAGCUUGGAAUGA